CCUCCGAGCCGAGACCUUAAAACAUUCAAGUUACUUCGCAACAUACAAAUGGCAAACUUUAACGUACGUUUGAAAGAACACAUCUUUUUACUUCUAUAUACAUUUCUUAGUUGAAGAAACAUUUUUGUAAACAGUACAUAAAGUCCAUAUGUGUAAAAACAUGCCACUGCAACUGCAGCUGCAACAGUUACUUUUCUGUUUCUUAUAUGGCCUGUUUUAACCUCAGUCUCACAUUCAACAACUCAGCAUGUUCAUGCAUUUCUGACUACGUAACAACACUUCUUCUGCAGAUCCCGUGUGUCUUAUACGUACAAUAUCCUAUCUCUUCCCAUCAGUUUACUCCUAGUUAAACGGAUCGUUUCAAUUCAAGCUCCGCCAAUUUUCGAGUCAGUCAUAGCUAGUAUUUUCGAGAGCUAAAAUUAUGAAACGAUAACAAUAAGAUCGCAUUUUUGUCAACUUUUCUUAUAUGGCCAUAUUGAUUUCAUUUGAUUAUGGAUUACAUCCGCUCGCCCGUUAAUUUCAUCAGUUUAAAAAGAAAAGAGCUUUCGACCAGAAUGCAACCAGAAUGUACAAAGCAGCUGUAAGAUGAGCGCAUAUAUGCCGUAAUAAUAAGAAUAUCGGAAAACGGAUAGAUCUAGUAAUAUCAUAGAUUAACGAAAUAAAUUCUAAAGCCAAAGAGAUAAAUAGAUAAAUAGAUAAAAGAGGAAGAUGUGAAAUGAUAUUAUAAGAAUGCAAAAUAUACCACACUGAUAAGUCAUUGUUCAACCUUUCUGACUACUUACUAACUUAUAGAUUAUAUAUGAAGGCAGUUUUUAAAGGUUCUGUUCUAUCUUACUUGAUAAACGUACUAGAUAUUGCAAAAACACGUGUCACGAGACUGAGCUGGAUCCGUACAUCAGAUUUACUAGCGCAUAGCCUGAGCAUCAAUCUGGUUAUUUUACUGAGGCUCCCAUACUCCCCCCUCACUAACCAGCCUGGUUAGUUUACCGGAGCUCCCAUACUCCUCCACCAACCAGGCUGAUACCCAGGCUACAGAUUUACAGGAUAUGGACUUGGGACAAGCGUUAUAUUUAGAACGUUAACGUUCACGUCAUCAAGCCGACAACAUGGACAGUAGCUGCUAGUCGCCGCGCUGCAAGAUUGGUGGACGUCUAAAUGGUCUAAGACUUACGUACGUAAAUAAGAGGCCGGCUCUGUUACGUAUACGUUUUUUGGUGUUAUUUCAGUCCAAUAAGGAGAGAUAUGAAAGGACAGCAUCCUUAUUUACAGCAGGACCUGCACCGUAAGAUUCUGCCAUACAGAUUCGAGACGCAAUGGCCGGUUACGUAAUGAAUGACGUCAGCUGUGCCGAAAGGAGCAGCAACAUACUCCACGUCUUCAACAGCGCGGGAGAACUCUUCCUCGAACACAGGGAGCAUUUCUCGAAGGUGUCGUCCGCAUUAAAGGAAGAAAACGCGCGCGUGUCCCUCAACGGAGAGAGAUGUGCGUGUGAAAACAAGACAUGUUGCCAUGGAAACGAGUUAAGCGUUUUAAACGAGUGGAGAGCGACGGGAACCGCGUGUGACGUCAUACUGUGUGCUGAGGAGGAGGAGUUUCCUUGCCACAGGGCCGUCCUGGCGGCAAGCAGCUUGUACUUUCGGCUCCUCCUCCUGGGCGAUUUCAGAGAACGUCUUGAGGAGAAGGUGCGUCUUGAAGACGUCACACCAGGCACCUUACGUCUCCUGCUUGACUAUUCCUACACGGGGAGGAUACGGAUAACAGCUGACAAUGUGGAAGAUUUGGUCCACGCCUCCGGACUGCUGCAGUUCCCAGACGUAACGGACGCCUGCUGUAGGUACCUGACACACAACUUACGGCCGGACAACUGCGUACAGGUGAUGAAGCUUGCUGAAGACUACUUCCUUACGGAGCUGUCUGAAUAUGUGAAGAAGUUCGCCUUUGAGAACCUCCCUGCCAUCUUUGUGACCAGUGACUUUGCUCAGGGCAGCCUGAGGGACGACCAGAACGUGCUGAAGCUACUGAAACAGGCCAUGUCCGUGGCACGGGACAGGUGUUCAUGUCUACAAUAGGCAGAUACGGACUUCACCUUUUCAUGAACUGUUCACCAGUGAACAGCUGAUAAGAGCAACUUAUGAAGUAGUCUCCUAUAGUGCGAAGUCAUUUGGCUUGGGAUGUUUAAGAUUUUCAUGAAAAGUUUCCUAGCUAUGAAGCUUGAUAAAAGUUUUACUACUACAUGUGUAUCAUCCUUUUUUACCCGGUUGUUUUCCUACCAUUUCAUUUCUACUUAAUAAAACAAAUUGAGAAUCA